GUAAUGCCUAGUAUGAACAAAAUUAGGGGCGGCUAGCUUGACCGCUACUUUUCGAGUGGAGUCUCCAACAGUGUUUGUUUUUGUUGACUUUCAAAGAAACGGAAGCAGUCCCCAGUGCAGUCGAGUACUGUGGAAGUCGUCGUUUCUUGUCUGCUCACCAUGUACACAAUUAAUGUGCUCUUCGUCCUUCUGCCACUCUGUGGCGUCUGGGCAGGUGACCGAGUGAAUGUCGUUCAAGCCAUUUUGGGUGCAAGUCUUUCAUUGCCGUGCAGAGCCCAAGCCAAAGCAGGAGUGCAGUACAUGUAUGUGAGCUGGUACAAGAUGCAGCUGCACGGCGAUCCGCCGACACCGCGGCGCCGAGGUCUGGUGUUACGCGACCUGCCCGAGGGAGUGGCGGAGCACUACGCGGGCCUGACGCGGGAGGUGGUGCUGGACAACGACACUAGCGACAUCCUGCUGCCCAACGUGACGUGCGGCGACGCCGGCGAGUACGUCUGCUCGUUGCAGGCGCCCGUCGGAGAGAGGAUCCAAAGGGGAAUGGUGGUCCUCAAGCUGUCUGAUUGCAACGACAUUCCCGUCGGAAACGUCGACAAUCCCGUCGGAAACCUAAGAAUGAAUGUUGAAAUUAACAUUUUGAUUUCCGCCGGGCUGACGCUUGUGCUGGUCUUCCUGGUGGUUUAUUGUUGUUUGAGAAAGCUCCGGCAUGACCAAAAGAAAGCGUGGCAAGCAGACGUCGCAUCACUUCAAGCUACGCUCUGGUCUCAGGAUGUGAUUCCAUUUCGGGGUCCUAGUUCUAGUUCUCCACCAUAAAGCAAGUACACAAUUUGCAAUUUUGCACUUGAUUUGCUUUCUCAAAAAAUAACGAGGGAACAAAAGAAUCAGCACCCUUGUACCCGGUUUUGCCACCUCAUGAACUUCCUCCAAUUUACGAUCAGGAGGGGUACAAAUGAAUUGGUCUAAAGCUAUGGGAGAAACAUUUUCUCCCAUUCCCAAAAUAACAAAUAUAACCUCAGACGAGGGAGGCAUGGAUUUAUAUCCAAUGAUUGUGUCAUAUGUGUGUGUGUUCCGGGUUUUGUCUUCCCCCCUGUUUCACACACACCUGCUCAUGUGAGCAUCUUCCUCACCUGUGCCUCGUUCACCCUAAUUACCCCUUGUAUAUAACCUCGUGUCUCAUUUCCUCUCGUUGCCAGUUCGUUGUACCUUGUCGUCGCGUUCCAGCAUUCCUUGUUUCCACGUCAUAGAUUCACAGUAAGACCUGACCCUGUUCCGAUUAUCGAUCUUGUCUCUUUGCCUCAUGUUUUUGGAUACUGUUGCCUCUUUUGGAUUGCCUGCCUGUGUACCGACCUAUGCCCGUCUAUUAAACCUCUCUUUUUGGAAACUGUCAA